AUGGAAGAUACGGGCAUUGUGAGCCCUACCUGCCCAGCUGGUGAAGAUGUGCGUGAAGUGGCUCUAGUGGUCAACAACGUCCUUGAUUGUCUAUUUUUUUUCGCAGUAAUUAAUGGAAGUCAAAGGCAGCAACUGGAAUCUGUGAGCUACUCAUCUCGCUACGCUCUGGGACUCUUUUAUGAAGCUGGUACACAGAUUGAUGUCCCCUGGGCUGCACAAUACAUCACCAAUAAUCCCUGCAUACGCUUCAUAUCCAUCGAUAAUAAGAAACGCAAUAUAGAACCUUCUGAAGUUGGGCCAUCUGUUGUUGUUCAUACCAGUGUGCCAUUUGGAAUUGAAUACCUCGAGUGGGACUGUGAGAGAGUGCAGCAGUUAAUCCUGGAGCAACUGGAAAUUGUAAUGCCAGAUUUGCCUAAACCAAUUAACAUCAAGUGCCAAAAAUGGAGAUACUCCCAGGUUACAACACCUGUCCCCAGUUGUCCAGGACAAAUGACUCUUCAUAUCAAUCCUUCCCUUAUAUGUGGGGGUGAUGCAUUUACGCAUUCUAACUUUGAUGGCUGUAUAGAGUCUGCCAUGUGCAUUGUAGAGGCUAUAAAAUGUAAUUUAUAAUGUUUUUAUGAUAGUUUUUUUGCAUAUAUUUUUAAGUUUGUGCUGAAUCCUAUCAUGAUGCAUUAAAUGUUGGUAUGCUGUCAGCAAAAUUUGACUCUACUUUACAGAAAUAAAAAAAUUUGAAGACACUGGA